UAACUGCUGACAGGAUUCCCCUCUCUCUCGAAAUCAAGAAAAUUAUUUGCCUCAAAAGGUAAGAAUUCAACUGUAUUCGUAUCCAUCAGAGUCCUUUUCUGAUAGACCCCAGAACCUACGGAUGACUCUAUCAGGUCACGCUGUUGAUCGUGAUCCUACGCUAAUGGCUUGGUUAUAAAAGAUGUAUCUACCCCUCGUGUGUUAUAGAUUUUAUAAACGAGUCAUCGCCUUUUUCGACCAGACUACAAUUUUUUAUUGUUUCUGUUAAAAUAUAAUUUGAUUGAACUAUCUAAUGAACUAUUUCAAGGUGUUACCCCCGAUAUCUCUAGCUAGGUUACCACGUUACGUGGAUACCACGAACUCUGUCGUAGCUUUAGUCACGAAACUGCAGCUUUAUUGUUGCAUGUUCCUGGCGUUUAGUUAGCAAAUAAGAGACUUCGCGGCGUUUCGGGAUCCGAGAAAAACCGUUAUUUUUCGCUCAGCUGCUACCAUCGCUCCGUUUAUCAAUAGACCAUGGCCGGAGGAUUUUCAGAAUAAAUUAUUCCACGCUCACUGGAGAAAUUAUAUUUCCCACCCUGUGCUGGAGUGGGAAUUCAAUUGACAAGUUCAUUUUUUUUUGUCUUAUUAUCAUAUUCUUUACUGACUGUAGGUUGGUUAGACUGAAAUAAGACUAAUUCAACUGACAGUCUAUCAUGACUCGAUCUGUAAAACGGGUGAUCUCCACCUCGCUAGGAAUCCUGGGAUGGCAUGGGGUAUUGUUAUUUCUUCUCAUCAUUUCACUGUUCAAGAUUUUCCAUUGGGAACACGAAAGGCCCCUCGAACAGGAAAUCGCAGCGUGCCCAUGUACCCUGGGUGCCAUCUACAGCAAUAUCAUGUUUCUUCUCCCAUCCUUGGCUGCCUACAUGAUUGCAUGUUUUGCUUAUUUCCGUCAAGACGACGGUAGCGUUCCUUGGUCUGCUUUGAAAAAAUUCUACGAAAUGGUACGUUCCUGUGAUUUCUUAGAAGAGUCCACCGAUUUUGAUUUCCAUGUGGAGGUCUGCAAUUUUUGCCACCAAGUCGAGCGUGAUUGGACACUUGUGAAAAUUGCAGUUUCAGCAGUGAUUUCGUCGCUGUAUCCUCUUGUAUGGAUCACACUCAGUCUUCUUCAAGCUCAUUACUAUGUCUGUGCUCAAGUCGGUCCCUCACCAAUAAUUGUCACUAGUUUCUGCAAUGUAACAAUUGGGGAAGAUUAUUCUAAAGAGUACGCAUUGGCAGAGAUUCGCUCGAAAGUCAUCGGAGGAAUUUUGUUUGCCUGCAUGCUGUUUUUUGCUGGGUUGUUUGUAAUCCUCCAUGGCGAGAUAGAAAACUAUUUGAAAAAGAUUGAAAAGUCCUCAGACGAUGACGAGAGUACUGGUAAACUUGCAGUUUGUGUCACUGUCUUGCCAGACCAUUCACAUGGGGCAACAGAUGUAUCAGGAGCAGCAACUUCCCGCCGCAGCAGUGCACCGAUCAUCCCAAGUGGCCCAGGAGCUCCUGGAUUCAAAUGUCAGGUAAGGAACCAGUCCUUAUUUAUCAAGAGGGGAUCAAUCGUCGCCAACAGAAAAUAAAGGCGAGGCUAUAGAAAAUUGACUGCCCAUGAGGUGGAUCAUUAGAAUGCUACAGUGCCUUACGGGGGGGGAAUCAAGUGAAUUUCAUCGUGACAAAAUCGUAUCCGACGACCGAGCCCCCCCCCCCCUCACCCACAGGGCCUCAAAGUCCGAGUGCCAAUAUGUGUUGUUAUAGUAUGCACCAGUUGGCUCAAGGAAAAUGAGUGGCGGCAUCAGAAAAACAACUGAGGAACAAACCACUCCACCCCUAUUUAGAGUCUUCUCAUUUGAAAGGACUCUAUGAGUUAUUUCAAAGCGAUUACCAACGCAAACAUUUAGAACCCAGCGGAAUGGAUUUCUGCCAGAUUCAUAAGGAGAUAUUAGAAUCACAUAAGGACUGGACGACUUAGAAAGGGCGUGUUGGUGACUUCGCAAUAUAAUUUAUGACAUAUUUUGCAAUUCAUUCUAUAUUUCAGUCCACUAUCAAACAAGAUCCAAGUGAUAAAGCAAAGGGAAUUCAAAUCCAUUUGACCGAUAAACUUGUCUCUGCCCUCCAAGGGAGUUUUCGAAAUGGCGGAUGGCAAGGUGUUGAUAUCCGCUGUUCACAACAGGAAGAACAGAGGAACCUGCUAGGAUGUUUUCCAUUUCGCUCGCCAUCUCGAACCAAACUACUUUCGGACGCUCAGAGGAAGCAUGAGUACGAAUCACUGCGUGAAGUAGUAGAUAAAACUACUCGAGGUUAAAAGGACGUUUUUCAUCGACGUUCUGAACGCUCGUUUAGACGUAGAAGUUAAGGAAAAUAACGCAAGUUUUCUCGAUAGUUAAGUAACCAAAACUAUCGACUGAUUGGAGAGGAUCACUCGCAAAAGUUUAACAUUCUAUGACAUCCCUGUUUCCCUGACCUGAGGGGGGGCUGGGUUUUAUAUGAUAAAAAUGGCAUGUUACAGCCGCCGAUUCCACACAUGCGCACUAAGGUUAGAAAAGGAAAGAGGAACUCAUUAAGUUAAUAGUCGAAGACAACUGUUUCUUCAAACGGUCCCAUACUUUAAUUUUUGGGAUUAGUGCAUGCCGCCCGAGUUUUCCUUCAAGAUCAAGAGUAUCACAGACCCCAUUGGCCACGACACUUUCUGUAUAAAGUAUCUUAGGGGAGUGUCCUCCCCCGGGAUGCAGAAAUUUUUUGGGAUGGGUUUCAGUUACAAUAUAUAUCAGUUUUAACCGUUCCAGCGCUACUUUAGUAUUUUGAUAAUCAAGAAUGGCUCUAAACUGUACGUACAGGUUUUUUUUGUGCUUUGCGAAAAGAUAAUUCUUGAGAAAUCGGGAGCAUUUUAAUUAUCUAAAAGAAUGGGGUCUAUAUAUGAACUCGUUUUGAGUCACAGGAAAAUAAAGCCGAAACAAGGGCGUUUCUUAGAGGCUGUACCGUUGUUAUAGUAACCUUAAUGUCGAUUUUCUGAGUCUCUUCUUUAACUGAAUCGAGUUCUUAGACCGUGAAUUUUGCUUUAGAUAUAACUAAGAAGCUCUACUUUCCUUCCUAAAAUAAUCUGUCGAUGUUAGUAAUGAUAAAAAAGACACCUCGUAGAAGUUAGCGACCGUUGAUGUAACAUAUUUACUUCAAAUUCAUCUGCAAUUUCCACAUGAAUGUUAACAAAGGAAAUGUCGCGUAUUAGAAGUAGUUCUGCAAGAAUUUCAGAGAACACACCGGUUGUUUUUUUGCUUGAUCUGAAGGGCGCCUUUUAGCUUUUUCCAUACAAGCUAAGGGCAGUCUUGUUCACAAUGAGAUGUUCACAAAAAGAUCCUUUGAGGUCGAAAUAAUUAUUGGUUGAUUAGAAUUUUCCCAG